UGUUCUGAAUUUUGAGAUUGAGAUUCACCUCCGAAUCAUUUCCACGGUCCAAAUAUUUUUUCUCUUGAACGUAAAUUAUAAUAAUCGCUUAUAGUGCACCAAUAUCUUCACCUUCUCUAAUUACAAGUAUUUGAUGUCAAGGUUGCAGGGAUGUGAUCUAUGUGAUGAAGAUACCUUGAUGAACUUAAAUGACAAUCUUUCUUUAAGCGGGCACAUCUGUGUUUUCUUCCGAUCGAAAGAGUAAAGAUAAUUGGUUGAUCAAAGUAGUUGGAUUCGACGAGACGUCCGUGGUUAUGUAUAAUGAAAUUAUAAUUGAUCGAUGUUGGAGAAAAGACGAUACUCACAAACACAUGCCAUGCACCACUGACAAGGAAUGAGCAGCAUUUAAAUCUGAAAGCACACGACCAAGCAACGCUCGCCUGCUUCAUAACCAAAGACGACACAAAUCAAUCCACGAGGUCGGUCGUCAGCAAUAAUCGCCACCGUUAACAACACGGAAUCUUAAAUCUUUUGUUUAAAUCUAAUGACGACGACGAUGAUCUCACUCUUAUCUUCUCUCUCUUUUUCAAUAUGCUCACACACGCACGCAUAAAUCUCUGACCUCUGCAACCGACUUUGCAUUUACUACCCCUCACUCGGUCACUCAGAAGAAGAUGUUAGCAGUGCAAGAAGUUUUGAGUGAACUUAGUGGGGAGGAAUUGAACGAGCAGGUAUUGCCACCUGGGUUUAGGUUUCAUCCUACAGAUGAAGAGCUCGUUACGUUUUAUUUGGCUUCCAAGGUCUUCAACGGAAGCUUCUGCGGAGUGGAGAUCUCGGAGGUUGAUCUUAACCGAUGUGAACCUUGGGAGCUUCCAGAUGUGGCGAGAAUGGGGGAAAGGGAGUGGUAUUUCUUCAGCUUGAGGGACAGGAAGUACCCGACGGGGGUGAGAACAAACAGAGCUACCGGAGCUGGGUACUGGAAAACCACCGGAAAAGAUCGGGAAGUGUACGGCGCCACCACUGGAGCACUACUUGGCAUGAAAAAAACACUUGUUUUCUACAGAGGGAGAGCUCCCCGUGGAGAGAAGACCAAGUGGGUCAUGCAUGAGUACCGUUUAGACGGUGACUUCUCCUGCCGCUACACGUGCAAGGAAGAAUGGGUGAUUUGCAGAAUAUUUCACAAAAAAAGUGAGAAGAAAAAUGGUCUAGCUCAACCACAAAGCUAUAUCUUGGAUGUUUCCUCUUCAACAACAACCUUUCCUCAUCUGAUUGAGACCCCAAAUCCGUUCUUGGAAUCUCAAUCUCAAACCUCAAUGCAAACCCAAAGAUCUUUUAUGGAAAACGACCUGAAAAGCUUAAUAAACCCAGUGGUAUUAUUCCCAGGUAAUAAUAAUGGGUUCCAGCCCUCCUUUUCAGCCACACCCGACAAGAGCACCAGCAACUCAUCAGCAACAUCGAUGCUCUUCAAGUCCCUCGUCUCACGUCAAGAUAGCAUUCUGAAGGAACAAGCUGCUACUAUUCUCAAAAAGUGCAAGACUGAGGCUAACCUUUCCCAUUUCCCACUGCCUGAUGCCAACACAAUGAGUUGGAUGGACAAGAUUCAUCCCCUUAAUACGUGUCAAAAUCCCAUGUUUUUCGAAAUUGAUUAUAAUAAUAGCCUGUUGGGGUUCGCUGACUAUAUAUGAAUGUCAUAAUAUAUUAGCAAUUAGUUUAUAUGAAAUGUAAAUGACUUUAUGCA